UGCGAAGCUGCGCGCUCGUGCCUGAGAGCAUUGUCCUCGCGCCCACCGCAUCGCUCGAUGGUCGUCCUCAGCGCGGCAGACAUCCGCGCGGGCAUGCUCGCGGCCGGCGGCGCUCCGGUGGCGAAAGUGGUGCCGUCACAGCAGGUGGUGGAGGUCGCGGGCGUCAAGCACACGCUCGAGGACGAGUACCAGUGGCUGCGCGGCAAGGCGUGGCCAAAGCUGGUCGAGGACGAAGACAUCAUCGCGCACCUCGAGGCGGAGAACGCGUACUGCAAGGACUUCCUGGCGAGCUUGGGCGGUCUGCAGGAGGCGUUCUUCCAGACGAUGAAGGGGCGGAUGAAGCUGACAGACCGCACCAUCGAGGUGCGGCACGGCGGCUACUACUACUACUCGCGCACGGAGGAGGAGCUGCAGUACUCGAUCGACUGCCGUGUGCCGCUCGCUGCAUUCGACGCGCUCAAAAAGAGCGGGCCCGUGCCGGACGCCGCGUUGCGCGGCGCCGAGGAGGUCAUCCUCGACCGCAACAAGCUCGCCGAAGGCAAGGCGUUCUGCAAGGCGCUCGGCACAACCGUCUCCCUCAACGGCAAGGUGAUGGCGUACCGCGUGGACACGCAGGGCGACGAGAACUACUGCCUGCAGUUCGUCUCGCUCGAGAGCGACUACCUGCCCGACCAGCUGUGGAACGUCGCGAGCUACUGCUUCCACCAGCCUGCCGACGCGGCGGAGACGGGCGCGCCACCCGUCGGCGUCUUUUACUCCUUGCGCAACCGGAACCUCCGCCCAACAAAGGUCUUCUACCACCGGCUCGGAGACGCGACCGAUGGGAGCCAAGACUUUGCUCCAAACGACCGUCUGCUGCUCGAGUCGAAGAAUGAGAUGUUCGGUGUGUCGGUCGGCACAACCGCCGACAAGGAGUUCGUCACGGUGCGGCACAGCAGCAAGACGGAGAAUGAGGUGCUUGCGAUCGACGUGGCCGACGGCGAGCUGCGGCUGGUCAACUUGCUUCCGAUGGCGGACGACGUCGAGUACUCUGUCUCCAAGAGCGGGCCGCACUGGUUCAUGCGCACAAAGGCGGGCUGCCAGCGGGACCACUUUCGGCUGGAGCGGGGCGAGUGGGCGGACGGCGGGAGGAGCGAGGCGCUCUCGCACACGGCCGCCUUCUCGGGCGCGACAGACUACUCGACAAACUCGGUCGUUGUCGUGCUCGACACGCCUUCGCUGCCGACGACCUGGUACGACUGGGACUGGGAGGCGAGGGGCGAGCCCGCGUGCGACGCGCCGCGGACACGUCCAGGACACGUCCAUGACAAGUCGCUCGCGCUGCACGAGACGCUGCACGCGAGCGACGACCCGAAGUACGCCGACUCCGCCGUGAGCGUCCCGGUGACGGUCCUGUACAAGAAGAGCCUCUUCAGGCAGGACGGCUCCAUGCCGCUGCUCCUCGAGGGGUACGGCUCCUACGGCAUCUCCGAGGAGCCGGCGGCCAAGUUCCUCUCCAAGAAGCGCACCUUUCUCGACUUCAUCGCCGUGGCCGACAAGCUCGCCGACGACAAGUUCACCUCGGCCGGGAAUGUGGCGAUUGUCGGCGGCUCCGCCGGCGGCAUGCUGGUCGGUGCUUGCCUGAACAUGCGGCCGGCGCUCUUCAAAGCCAUCGUGGCGCACGUGCCCUUCGUGACCGUCCUGGACACGAUGCUGGACGGCGACCUGCCGCUGACGCCCGGCGAGUUCAAGGAGUGGGGCAACCCGAGGGAGGAGCACUACUUUGACGUCUUCCCCUCCCUCUUCGCCACCGCUGGCCUCUCGGACUACCGCGUCGGGUACUACGAGGCGGCAAAGUGGGUGGCGCGCUUGCGCGCCGGGGUCGCUGCGGCGAAGGCGGAAGCCCCGGACGGCGCUGUCAAUGAGCCUCUGCUCGUCUUCGAGACAAAUAUGGCUGCGGGCCACGCGGGCGCGUCGGGCCGUUUCGACCGCCUGAAGGAGGUCUCGCGCGACGUGGCCUUCCUCGCGACCGAGUUCGACGUGCAGGACGUGCCGGGCAAGCUGCGGAGGACAUCCGGCUGAUAGCACCAACCUUUGCAACGCAGGGGCUGGCUGCGUGGGCCCUCACCCUGUCUGCACGUGAGAGGAGACCGGCGCCGGCGCCGCCGCACAGGCACUUGUGGCGCCGGCGCGAGCUUUGACACUCUGUGCAGUACCGACAGGCCAGAGCGUGAAGCAAGUCAGCAGCAAUCGCACGGUGAGAAACGACUGUCUCUGAUUGACUGACGAGAUCCAGACUCUCGACCACAGUUGUCGAGAGAUUUUCGAGUCCUCACAGCUCUCUUGUCUCGUGUGUAUCGCGCGCCUUGC